AUGAAGGACCCCGCGUGGCCUGAGGACGGCGGGAGCUACGGCCCCUUCACGACGCACCGCCCCAACCGCGACCGCGCCUGGCUGUGGGUCUAUCUCGCCUUCGUCGCCGCCACCGUCGCCUGGGGCGGCUAUGGAGUCUACGCACGGAACCCCAAGUUCACGGACCUGGCCACGCCGGACUACCUGAACGACCCGGCCAACUGCCCGGUCGGCUCCCGCCGCUCGCUCCUCGAGGCCGCGGGCGAGCCCUCCGACGACGACUUCGACUACCCCAAGUACAUCAAAGAGGGCGCCGUGUGGCUCCUGGCGAGCCUGGUCGGCGCGCUCGUGAUCGGGGCCUUCUGGGUGACGCUCUUCAAGUCGCACGCGCGCCGCAUGAUCUCGGUCGCCGUCGGAGUCCAAGUGGCGAUCCCCGCGGCAGUUGGCAUCUCCCUGUUGAUGGGCGGCGCGGCGGUGCCGGGCCUGAUCAUGUGUGCGUUCGCGAUGAUCAUGGCGGCGUGCUUCUACUCGAUCCGCGACCGCCUCGACUACACCGCGAGCAUGCUCCGCGUGUCGGCCAAGGGCCUGAACGACAACACCCCCCUCGUGUGGUUCGUCAUCCUGAGCAACGUCGUCCUCGGCGUCGCCAGCAUCCCGGGCUUCGCGCUCAUGGCCGUGGCGUACAUGAACGGCCACGUCGUGCCCGUCGAGGGCCGCGUCGAGCAGGACGGCAUCUGCGUGGCGCCCCCCAGCGACGACGGCCCCGCGAGCGGCCUCCUCGGCAAGCACGCCCACGACGACCCGAGCGAGCCGUCCGGCCCGCAGGUGCCGUGCUGCGCGUGGCGGCCGGACGACUGGGUCCCGGCGUACUGGGCGCUGGCCGGCCUGACCCUCCUGUGGACGUCGUGGGUCUUCUCGCAGCUGCGCAUCUUCGUGGUGUCCGGCACGGUGUCGCAGUGGUACUUCGCGCCCGCGCACAUCACCGGCGCGAGCUCCGCGCGCGUCAAGCGCUCCCUCGGCCACGCCCUCGGCCCCUCGGCGGGCUCCCUGUGCUUUGGCGCCGCCAUCAUGACCGUCGUCGACCUGGUCCGCCAGAGCAUCCGCAACGCGCGCGAACGCAACCGCGGCGACGGCCUCGCGCAGAUCCUCUACUGCCUCUUCCUCAUGGCCGCCCAGUGCCUCACGGAGCUCAUCGAGUACAUCACCAAGUACGCCACGGUGUACGCGGCGAUCAGCGGGGACGCGUUCCUGCAGGCCGGGCGCGACAUCAUCGACCUGCUCAAGCGCAACGUGCUCGACGCGUUCACGGUGUGGUGGGUGCCCGGGUUCGUGCUCCAGAUGACGUCGCUGGUGGCGGCCGCGGUGUGGGGCGUGGCGGUCGGGCUGCUCGCGGCGGUGCGGUGGCGCGGGGAGGACGGCGGGGGCGCCGCGGCGAUCAUUCUCGGCGUCGCGGCGGGCGUCGUCGCGCUCGUCGUGCUGUCGUUCCUGGCGGGGCUCCUGCUCAACGUCGUCGACGCGGUCUUCGUGUGCUUCGCCAUCGACCGCGACGCGCAGGUCGUGACGCAGAGCGACGUGCACGACGUCUUCCUCGGCCUCCCCGUCAUCCAGGGCGCGUUCGUGGAGCAGCCCGGGGGCGACCUCAUGUUUGGGGAGCAGCAGCAGGGGGCCGGGCCGUCGGGGGCGCAGGGGUCGGGGUACACGACGCUGCGCAACGAGGACCGGACCAAGGCGCCGCGGAGCCCGGUGUAG